AGCAAAUGAUGUUCCAUGAUGAGCAGAUAGCAUGAUUGAGAUGAUAGUGUUCCUCUUCCUUGUCUUGCUUAUAUCCCUUAUCUUGAGCAGCAGUUCCAAUAAUAGCCUCCAGCUUCCCCCAAGCCCACCAAGCAUUCCUCUGCUAGGUCACCUCCACCACCUCACCCCUUCCCUAUACAAAUCCCUCUACACCCUCUCAUCCAAGCACGGUCCCCUCCUCCUCCUCCGCCUCGGCCCCUCCCGCCGCCUCCUCCUCCUUGUCUCCUCCGCCGCCGUCGCCACCGAUGUCUUCAAGACCCACGACCUCGCCUUCUCGUCGCGCCCCGCCUUCGCCUUCGCCGAGAGGCUCCCCUUCGGCACCUCCGGCUUCGUCACCGCCCCCUAUGGGCCCUACUGGCGCUUCAUGAAGAAACUCUGCGUCACGGAGCUUCUCUCCACGCGCCAACUUGAGCGCUCCAGGAGCAUAAGGAGGGAAGAGAUACUACGUUCCAUCAAAAGGGUUAUUGACAAUGCUCGUGAGACUGUUGCACUUGAUUUGGGCUCCGAGUUCACCAAAUUCACCAACAAUGUCACUUGCAGGACGGCCAUGAGCACCAGUUGUGCGGAAAAAUGCGAGGAUGCUGAGAGGAUCAGGAAGCUAGUAAAGGAGUCCUUUGAGCUAGCUGCGAAAUUGUGCUUUGGUGAUGUGUUGGGCCCUUUCAAGGAGUUGAGUUUUUGGGUGUAUGGGAAAAAGGCCAUAGACAUGAGCACAAGGUACGAUGAGUUGUUGGAAGAGGUGCUCAAGGAGCAUGAACACAAAAGAUUAUCGCGUGCAAAUGGUGAUCAAAGUGAAAGGGAUUUGAUGGAUAUUCUGUUAGAUGUUUAUCAUGAUGCUCAUGCAGAGUUCAAGAUCACAAUGGCUCAUAUUAAAGCCUUCUUUAUGGAUCUCUUCAUUGCAGGCACACACACCUCAGCAGAAGCAACACAGUGGGCAAUGGCCGAGCUCCUCAACCACCCUGAAGCAUUUCAAAAGGUGAGAAAGGAGAUAGAGUUAGUCACUGGCAAUGUUAGGCUUGUUGAUGAAUCCGAUAUCACAAACUUGCCAUAUUUGCAAGCAGUUGUGAAGGAAACACUAAGACUCUACCCGCCGGCACCAAUCACGACAAGAGAGUGUCGCCAACACUGCAAAAUAAACAGCUUCGAUGUGCCACCAAAGACAGCAGUGGCAAUCAAUUUGUAUGCCAUAAUGAGAGACCCUGAUUCUUGGGACAAUCCUAAUGAGUUUUGCCCUGAAAGGUUCUUGCAAGAACAAGAUCAUGAGGAUUUGAGUGAUGAUGGUAAGAGAAUGAAGUUCAAUUUUGUUCCAUUUGGAGGUGGGAGGAGAGGGUGUCCAGGGACAGCAUUGGCAUUCAGCUUGAUGAACACUGCAGUUGCUGCUAUGGUGCAGUGCUUUGAUUGGAAAAUUGGUAAAGAUGGAAAAGGAGAAAAGGUUGAUAUGGAAUCUGGGUCUGGUAUGUCUUUGAGCAUGGUUCACCCCCUUAUUUGCGUUCCCGUAGUACAUUUUAUCCCAUAUGAUAUAUUAUAUAAUUCAAUAUAAUGAAGACUCACCAAGGAAGAACUUAUAUUAUGAUAUGAUGGGUAAUAUAUAAUAUAACCCUUAUCUUCAAUUUUAUCCUUUUUUAUCCUAAUUUUCAUUGUUUUACGGAAAGACACUUCCUGAAUCCAAGUCUUGUUAUUUUUUCAUUCAGUAAUAAUGAAGGGCUCCCAUGUUCGAA